AUGGAUGACGACUUUGGCUUCGACUCGGCCGAUGAAGCCGAUCUCCUCGCCGUGGUGGACGCUGCUCCCUCUGGAGCUAAGCGAAUCAAUGAGGAUACUGACCAAAGUAAAGAUUCAGGACAGAAACGACAGAAAACUUCCUCUGGUCACUCGGAACUGGCCCGCAGAGUCUUGCGAGAACGAUUCGGCCUGGAAAGCUUUCGUCUGGAGCAGGAAGCAGCUAUCAAUCGCAUCAUCAGUGGCGACAGCGCUGUUGUAGUGUUUCCCACUGGCGGAGGCAAGAGCCUGUGUUACCAGGUCCCUGCCGUGGCUAUAAAGGAGCUCGACAAGGAAACCAAAUCCCGCAGCCCAGAAGAAAGUGGUGUCGCGGUCGUCAUUUCUCCCCUCAUAGCAUUGAUGAAGGACCAAGUCGAUGCUCUGCGCCGCCGAGGCAUCUCUGCAGCCGUUCUAGAUUCGACGCAAAGUCGCGAAGAGUUCGUCGACAUACAUAGCAAGUUAGCUUGUGGCAAACUCGAUCUUCUGUACUGCGCACCAGAGCGGCUCAACAAUGAAGGCUUUCUUGCAUCCCUCAAGUCUAUCCGUGGUGGCAUUCGCUUGUUAGCGAUUGAUGAAGCGCAUUGCAUUUCAGAGUGGGGCCACUCUUUCCGCCCAGACUACCUCAAAAUCGCUCGUUUCGCAAAAGAAGCCAACGUGGACAGAGUCAUCUGCCUUACGGCGACCGCCACAGCAGCCGUUGCUAAAGACAUCCGAGCUACUUUCGACAUUCCGCCCGAGGGUCUUUUCGUGACGAGCAUGUACCGAUCAAAUCUUCGCCUUUUGGUCGAGCCUAUCACUGCAGACGACGACCAAGUCGCGAUAUGCACUAAAUUCCUGAAGAAACACCCCGGGCCAUCCAUCAUAUAUGUCACGACCCAUGCGGCUGCAGAAACCCUAGCCGGUGAACUAUCUAAAAAGAACUUCAACGCUCGCGCAUAUCAUGGAGGAUUAAACGCGGAUGUACGCGGUGGAAUACAAGACACGUUUCUCAAGAGUGAAAACAUGAUCAUUGUAGGCACGAUUGCCUUCGGCAUGGGUAUCGACAAGGAGAAUGUGCGGACCAUUAUCCAUUUCGAUCUCCCAGGCAGCCUCGAAGCAUACAGCCAGCAGAUUGGAAGAGCCGGGCGAGACGGCAAACCAAGUACGUGCAUGCUCUAUCUUUCUGAUAAGGACUUCUUCGUCAGAAAUGUUUUUAUCCACGGCGAACGACCGUCUAUGCUGGCUCUACGAACACUAUUCGAAGAGAUCUGCAGUAAGGAAAACUGUCAGCUGAAACCCGGUGAACCGUUCUCCGUGGCUCUUACAUCUCAAUCACGACGGGUAGAUAUUAGGGAGACUCAACUUUCCAUCAUCUACGCCUACCUAGAACUAAAAUUCGGUCUUCUUCGGGCUAGUACUCCUCAGUACUCCGAAUACAAGUAUCAGGUGCUACAGAAUCGUACUUUAGAGACCGACGGCUCACCAGCAUCGAAGUACAUCCUUUCCCACUCCAGAAAAGCGCAAACCUGGACCAACAUUGAUGUUGACGUUCCUGCUGGAAACUGCGGAGUUAGCCGCGCUGAUCUUACGCGCAAGUUAGACUCGUGGGCCGAGUCUGGUGCCAUCAAGCUCAACAAGAGCGGUGUUCAGAAGGUCUUCCGCGUCAGCAAGAAACUUCCAAGCAAGCAAGCCGACAUCGACGAGAUCAUUGACAAUAUUAACAAGGAGAUUGUGAAGAAGGAGAAGCAGGAUUUGCAGCGCGUUCAGGAUCUGGUCAACCUGCUGACAGACAGCAGCUGCCUUACCCGUGGACUGGCAGCUUACUUUGCGGAUACAACUCACUCAUCCGUUAAGGAAUGUGGCCACUGUACCUGGUGCGAAACACAUCAACAAGUCAAGCUACCAGAGUUCGCCCCCAAACCUUUGGAUGAAAAGGCUAUUAGAAAGGCUCUGGCCAACAGCACAGCCAAAUACGAUGCCCGAUUCAUGGCUUGCGUGGCUUUCGGGAUCAGGACACCCCGAGUCAGUAGCAUGAGCCUGCACAAUAAUAAAGCUGUGUUUGAGACAAUGAGCACAUGCAACUUCAACGAUCUCGUCGAGAAAUUCGAAGAGAUGAUGGAAUGGAAGAAAUAA